AUCAUAUGAUUGUUCAAUGCAAAAGCACGUCUGAUAGGCGUCGACUUACUUCAACUAGCCAGUUUUUUAAUUUCUGGCUCAAUAUCGGCCGUUUUUCGUGUUAGUGGUGUUAAAAAAUAACUAUCAGCCAUGGCGCUCAGCGAUGCAGAUGUUCAAAAACAGAUCAAACAUAUGAUGGCCUUCAUCGAACAAGAGGCUAAUGAAAAGGCCGAAGAAAUCGAUGCAAAGGCUGAAGAGGAGUUCAAUAUUGAAAAAGGCCGUCUUGUUCAACAACAGCGGCUUAAGAUCAUGGAAUACUAUGAAAAGAAGGAAAAACAAGUUGAACUUCAAAAAAAGAUCAAUUCUUCGAACAUGCUGAACCAAGCUCGUCUGAAGGUACUCAAAGUACGUGAAGACCAUGUACGCAAUGUACUUGACGAGGCCCGCAAGCGUCUGGCUGAGGUCCCAAGUGACACAAAGCUGUACUCUGAUCUUCUUGUAACACUCAUUGUUCAGGCUCUCUUCCAGCUCAUAGAACCUGCAGUGAUCAUCCGUGUCAGACAGGCAGACAAGAGCCUUGUGGAAUCUCUCUUUGGUAGGGCUCAGCAGGACUACAAAGCCAAGAUAAAGAAGGAUACACAGCUCAAAGUGGAUCCAGACAAUUAUCUGUCUGCAGACACUUGUGGAGGUAUUGAGCUCAUUGCAGCCAAGGGUCGCAUUAAGAUUUGCAACACCCUGGAGUCUCGCUUAGAGCUCAUUGCCCAGCAGCUGCUGCCAGAGAUCCGUACAGCUCUGUUUGGACGCAACCCUAACCGUAAAUUCACUGAUUAAACAGUUUAUUGGAGACCUCUAUAUCCACUUGUUAUAACUAACAAUUUAUUUAAAUUUUCUUAGAACUAAAAUAAUGUUACAAUAAGUGUUUUCCUUUGCCUAAUUAAUUAUAUAUUAUAUAAUAAUGCGUACAAUUUUAUCGCUGUUUAGAAUAUAUUCUGAUUAAUGACACAGUUAAGUCGCCAGAACGUGUUAAAUAUGUGUGGUCAUGUGAUUUUACUGAUGCCUGGUCCUGUAUCUUAUAAAUGAAUCAUUUCAAUUGUUACUGUACAUUAGUUUCGCCUAAUAGUUCUCAAAAAAAAAAAAUUUUAUUAUAGCAAUUCAUUCAUAGCCCAAUGUCUAUGUAUUUAGAGGAUGUAGUAUAGGAUUUGAAACAAUGUAUUAAGAAUACUUUACUAUAUACAUAAUCUAUAUUCUAUACAUAGAUUUUUAAAACUGAAGCAUCUUAUAACCUUCCUUCUACAUGCAGUAUUAUCAGCACUAGAUUUGCUGAGGCUUUAUAGUUCAACAACUGAAUUUUAUUUUAUGUUUUAAAAUGUUAAAUUACAGAUCAAUAUUGAAAUAUUUUUAAUUAUUAAAUGUAUUAAUAAAUAAAGUUUUAGGAAUUAUUGAUGACUGUAAGAUUUUGGUUUGACAGCAGCAUCCUAUGCUGUGCCUACUUAAAUCGAUGUAAAGAUUUGACUGGUUGCAGUGUAGUGUCAUACUGUAAUCUUGCAGUCGCCCAUCACAUUCCUACUUUGUUUUGUCCUGGCAAAUAUUUUGUUUUGGCUCGCUUUCGAAUAUAAAUUGCUAAAAUUUGCUAUGUAUGUCUCCCAUUAUGGCACUGUUAAAAUUCUUAUGUAAAUAUAUAGAUGUGUUAAAAGUA